AUGGCGGGGGUCAUCGAGCCUUGUAGCACGACUGAUAAAAGUCAAGUUGGAGCACCAGGUACUAUAUACAGGACUUCAGCUAUUGAAUCCUUCAUCACAAGAACAAGAGACAGAUCUCAUGGAUUCUCACAGCAUGUGUUUGUCGUCACUAGAAGUGUCCAGUUUAAUGCGACAGCCUUCCUGAACAGUAACAACAACGGUAAUUCCAAGGAAGCUGACUCUAAUGUCGAAACUGCCGCGGCCAUCGCUGGAUCCAAGUCAUACCAAGGAUUGUCCAAAGUUCUGGCGAGCACAAGACAGAAGCCACGGCACAGCUAUCUGAACAGACGUCACCCAGAAGUCCAUAGAACACGUGGUGAAGGGCAAACACGCUGCUUAAUCAAAUUCGAUAACACGUGUGCAGGCUUAGAGAAUAUAGCAAACGGUGCGGUUCAAGGCAUAUCGCGACCAAAUAAGAAAAGGAGAGAAGACACUGAGGUCUUACCAAGAUGUCAAAAAACACAGCUGCCUUCACUUGAGGACAUCGAUGAGAUCGAAUCUGGGAACCAGGACGCCCAUGCAACGUCUGAUGUUUCCGUUCAAACAGAACACCAGUGCGGCCCGCCAUAUUUUAGCGACCUGUUCGAAGAAGUAUCUCUGGUUAAGUCUGUCUCAGAGGUUCCAGAGUCUGUGAAGGAUGGUCUGCUCCUGCUCUUGUGCACCCCGCUUCUCGAUGGAGGCUACCAGAGUGGUGGGUGUGCAUGGUCAAGUCUGCUAUGUGAUCCUGCUGGACCAAACCACCCACGACCCUGUCUUGCUGGAUGUCAGCCGUUUCACAGCGCCGUGACGGAGGUGACGGACAUUACCGGAUGCUACGGGUCUUCCGAGGAGCAGACACCAGUGCAAAGUUGCCUGAACAGCCAGAUAAAGGACCUUUCCUGCACAGGAAGGAACAGGGCUGAGUCUCCACGUUCUUUCCUGCACGAGGAUGACGUCCUAGACAUUCCUACCUUGAGCACCCUGUCUCCCUCUCGAGCCUCUCUCGGACAAGCCUACCACAGUGAUCAUGCUAUCACUUCUGCCACCGCCUUACACCACGAUGAGGACAAGCCAGCCAGCCAUGAACCCUUCCCUUCUGAGUACGUCUUCAAGAGGGUGUGUGGACCUUCCUUUUGCGUGUCUUCAGAUUUUAGACACAUCAAGAUUCCAACUCUUCCUUCUGAUAUAGUCGACUACAAAUUGGAAUCAGAUGGUCUCACGGAAAUAAUCAUCGGCACUGGGUCAUUUGGGAAAGUAUAUGCAGCAACGUUAACGGUGUCUCCUGGCCAGAGUAGAGACGUGGUGGUUAAAGAACACUUUUCAAACCGGACAACACAGGAGUCCAUCGCUAAUGAGGCAAAGAUCACCAUGUACCUUGAGUCCACAGGCUGCGUCCCUAUCUGUUACGGACUAUUGAGUGACGAGGAGGAUGGCUACAACAUCGUGAUGGAGUAUGUUGGUACCGGAUUAACACUUUAUGACGUGUUGUGCGAUUCAAGAGUGACAGGAUUACACUGGCUGAAUAUUGUGUGUCAGAUAACCAGUGGUCUGAAUAAAAUCCACAAGAAAGACGUUCUCAUCAAUGACCUGAAGUCAGACAAUAUACUUGUGGACAUGUCUGGGACAUUGCCUUUGGUCAAAUUCUGUGACAUGGGAUCAGCAUCUUACAAAUCAGGGGUAACCUACAGAGGGGACAUGAAGAAUUGUGUACAUCUAGCCCCAGAGGCCUGUGCUCACGCUGAGACAACCGCUGCAUGUGAUAUAUUCAGUCUUGGCAGAGUCCUGAAGAAGAUCCAUGGCGUCUCCCACAUCUCAACCUUGUUGACAGUUUCUGACAUGUGUAUGGCUGAGGAUCCUGCCGUGAGACCUACUCUCUGGACUGUAAACCAGCUGUUGCAGGAGGAGUACACAAGGGAGGUCCUGUUCCCCACCGUGAUCGUGCCAUCACACGGCUACCUUGACUCCAUUGAUGAGGAAUCACAGGAAGAACCUCCCAGGUCUAUACUCAGAGUUAACACACCAGUCGACAAGUACUCGCCUCCAGGUCCUGGUAAAGAUGAAGUCAAUGGUGCUUUAUCAGAUGUAUGUACACCUACGGACAGCAAAGUGAUGACACGGAGUGCCAAAGUAUCUCCAUCAAACAUGAAAUCCACUAACAGAGAGAACGAUGAGUUGCUGGGAGCACCAGCUGUUCUUCCCACAGAAAGGCAAUGCAAGAUUGCAUCCGCUUCUAGAAGUCCUUGUCCCAGAUCCCCAACAAUAGGCCUAGGAUCUGAAGACACUUCAGUUUCUACUCGUGGACACAUCCAACACAGGCAUGACACAGCAGUCAACAUGACCUCUCCUCCGUGCUGUAACCAGAUGUUAGAGACAGAAAGUCAAAGUCUAGAUGAUAGUUCCAUCACUACUGAAGUUGCUGAGAAGACCUCAGCAACAAGGAAAUGUGUCAAUGGACACUGCCACAAGUGCCACUUUUCUGCUCAUGAGAGCGCGACCUCUGCUGAGGUUGUUCAGACGACCUUUGAUGUUCCAAGGAAACAUUGUGUUAGACAAAGCUAUGAGUGCCACUUUGCUACUCCUGAGAGCUCGUUCUCUAGUGAAGUUGCAGAGGAGAUAUCUGUUGUUGCAUCAAUGAAAUCUGAUGCUGGACAAAGCAGGGCGUGCAAGUUUGCUACUCCUGAGAACUCGUCCUGUACUGAAGUUGAUGAGAUGACCUUUGAUGUUCCAAGGAUAUACGAUGCUGGACAAGGUCAUGAGUGCCGCUUUGCCACUCCUGGAUGCUCGUCCUCUGUCGAGGUUGUUAAGAAGAUCUCAAGUGUUGGAUCAACGAAAUCCGAUGUCUUACAUGAGUGCCGCUUUGCUACUCCUGAGAGCUCGUCCUCUACUGAAAUUCCAGAGGAAACAUCUAUUGUUGCAACAAGGAUAUUUGAUUCCGGACUAAGCCACGAAUACCACUUUGCUACUCCUGAGAGCUCGUCCUCUUUUGACAUUUCUGAGGAGACAUCUGAUGUUGCAACAAGGGCACCUGAUACUCGACAAAGCCAUGAGUGCCACUUUGCCACCCCGGAAGCCUCAUCCACAGACUUUGCUCCUCACAGAUCCCAAUCACCAACAGAAGCUCCCCACGUGGCCGGCAUCCGCUGUCUGUGUCAGGCAGAGCUGGAUGUGCAGUGGGAGGACACACCAGUGUAUGAGGAUUAUCUGCCCCUGAUUUUGCCCUUACUAAUGCUUCUCUUUGGGAUCGUAGGUGUCGUAUAG